CUUUUCAUCAUUUCCAUUUCUAUGCAGAACACAUAGAACACCAAUUACUCUCUCUCUCUCUCUCUCAUCGAAUUUGCUCUCUUUUUGGCUUAAUUUCUUGUUUUCUGUGCUUAAUUUCUUGUUUCAUUCAUCUGGGUAGUAGUUCUAUUAUGAUGGGUGUGAGCAACAGGUGUUCACAUACUUCCCAUAUCACCGAGAUCAUCAUCACCAGCUUCUUUCGCCACAAGAAUUAAGCAUACCCAUCUUCCAAAUCCUUAAGAAAUUAAGUUUUUAUUAACCCAUACUCCAAGAAGAUCAGUAUUCAGUUUUAUGUAGUCCACCAAAAUUAUGGCUGAUUGAGUAACAAUACCCAACUUCUAGUGGUGCCGCCAUGGCUGCUCGGAGCUUUCUAUACGGUGGAGAUUCUGGUGGAUUCAACUCUGCUCUGCUUACAAACAAAAGGGCUCCUUGUUCUUCUUCUUCUAAGCCUCUUGAUUCCUUCUUCAUCUCUGGAUCCUCUCAUUCUCUAGGUUCUAGAUCAAUGGUCAGCUUUGAGGAUGGAGGGAAUGGAUCAGGGAGGACACUUUUUCAAACAUUCGAUCAGGAAGAUAUUGGAGACGAUGAAUAUGAAGACUACUUCCAUCAUCCGGAGAAAAAAAGGCGUCUCAAAGCCGAUCAGGUUCAGUUUCUGGAAAAGAGUUUCGAGACCGAAAACAAACUCGAGCCAGAAAGAAAGAUUCAGCUAGCAAAAGACCUUGGCUUGCAGCCUAGACAGAUUGCAAUCUGGUUCCAGAACCGCCGUGCACGUUGGAAGACCAAACAGCUCGAGAAAGACUACGAUAUUUUGCAAGAAAGCUACAACUUACUCAAGGCAAACUACGAGAACCUCCUUCAAGAAAAGGAAAAACUAAAAUCUGAGGUUCUUGAUCUAAGUGACAAACUGCUGCUGCAAGAAUCAGAAAAGGGAACCUCUGAUUCAUCAAGUACCAAAAGCCUAUCUGAGCCAUUACAACAAGAACAGAUUGCAGAUUGUGUGAAUGAUGAAGAUGUAUCCAAGACCUCAGAUAUUGCUGUAAAUGGGGUCCAAUCAAUCUUGGAACAGGGAGAUUCUUCUUAUAUGUUUGAUCAAGAUCAUAGUGAUGAAUCUUUGGAUGAAGAUGAUAAUUUCGGGAAGAUGUUUGCGACUCCGGUUAACGGUUACAUGUUACCACCGAAGAUAAAAACCGGUGAAUACCCAGAACUAGAUGCUGUGAAUUCUUGCUACCUUGGGUUUCCUGGUCAUGAUGAAGAUCAUGAUCAAAUUCAAGAUCCAAUUCAUGAUGAAGAUCAAUCUUUUGGUUUUUGGUCUUUACUGAGUUAACUCGGUACAUGACACUUUAUGCAAGUGGUGAUGUUGUUAUAUGUUCUUCAUCAAAUUUCUCCAAGGAUGAUGUAGAAAGGAAUAAAUCAAACUUGCUACACACCCUCCAUCCUUGAGUGGUGAAGCUGGUUUUUUUGUUUUGUAACUUUUGUUAUUUCUAUUUUCAUGUAAUUUAACCUUAAAAGCAAGUAAUAAUCAUCUGUAAACAACUAUUUUGGUCCU